AUGUCUCAAAAUAUAUAUGACGAUGCAGGUUUCUUUCGCGGGUAUGCUGCCCUUGAUCGAUCAACUGGAGGACUCGACAACGCACCUGAAUGGCCAACAUUACGCUCCUACAUCCCCAGUCUCCAAGGAGCGCGCGUUCUUGAUCUCGGCUGUGGCUAUGGAUGGUUUUCCCGCUGGGCAAGGAGCAGUGGGGCCACCACUGUCGACGCGUUCGAUCUGUCGGCAAAUAUGUUGGAUCGUGCCAGAUCCAUGACGAAUGAUGACAAGAUUGCCUACAAACGGGCAGACCUGGACGCUUUUCGGCUUCCGGACGAGCAAGAACAGGCUUACGACUUGGUCUUUAGUUCUCUCGCACUUCACUAUCUCGUCAAUCUUCGAGAGCUCGUCACGGAAAUCCACAGAGCUCUAAAGCCCGGCGGAACCUUUGUCUUUUCCAUUGAGCACCCAAUCUUCACCGCUCCGUCUAACGCCCAGUUCAUCACAGACGAGGCCUCUGGGCGUGAGUAUUGGCCCUUGAAUGACUACCAAAUGGAAGGGCUGAGGGUAACGGAUUGGCUGGCGGAAGGGGUUCGCAAACAACACCGCACUACCGCGACCUAUAUUAACACGUUGCUUGAUGCCGGCUUUGAGUUAAAACGGUUUGAUGAAUGGUAUCCAACGGCCGAGGAGCUUGAGAGAUAUCCCUGGCAUAGAGUGCUGGAUAGACCUAUCUUUCUGCUGAUCAGUGCAAGGAAGCGAGCGCAAUAG